AUGUCCGCGGCCGACAGCCAGGAAUCAGGCAGUCCUCCACCAAGUCCGACUGACUCUGCAGCAUCAGAAUCAGCGCCCACCUUAGUUCAUAUCAAGCAGGAAACUAUGGCCCCUGGAACAGAUAUGAAGGAAUAUUACGGUGCUUUAGAUUUUGGGCUUUCUGACCCCUAUUUACCACCAUCCUAUGAUUACCCACGAAAUUACUUGUCUAGACCACUAGAUUUACCAAACCAAAAGUACCUAGAUGCAAAAAGUCCAGAAAGGAAUGAUGAUGAUUUUAAAGAUGAUAUUGAAAGGUUAGAUUUCAAUUUACCUUCAGAAUUGGUUCUAAAAUCGGGUGGUAUAUUUGCGAGAGCUAAUAUUCCUGUUGGCACUAAAUAUGGACCUUUCAACGGCAAAUGGGAAACACAGCCAUUAGACAGAAGAUACGCAUGGGAGGUUGUUGGAAAAAAUGGUGUCCGAGGAUGGUUGGAUGGCACCACGGAGAAGUCCAACUGGCUAAAAUACGUUCGAUCAACGACUUACCCUCACGAUGUGAAUGUUCAACAUUUGCUGCUCGCUGGACAAAUUUGGUAUAAAGUGACUCGAGACAUCCCCAAGGGGCAGGUUUUGCUUUUAGGGCCGCGUACACCGCUGCCUUUACAAGAUGUCUUCACUGCUAACAGUGGUCGCGACAGCGCUAAUUUAAGCUCGUCCAACUCGCAGCCUCUGACAGAAGACGAAGAGAGAGAAGAUACUGAACCCCGUUGUUCUUUUUGCGACGCGCCGUAUCCUAAUAUUGAUGCACUAGACCGUCACUUAAUACAAGCGCACGCACAGCCUGCAUCUGCAUUUCAUUGUGAACUUUGCAAUCGCGCGUAUAGCUCCCGAGCUCUACUGCUCAGACAUCGCGCGUUAACGCAUACUGAUAUUAGAAAAUAUCCUUGUGAAAACUGUCCAAAGGUAUUUACCGAUCCUUCCAACCUCCAGCGCCACAUCCGCGCGCAGCACGUCGGCGCGCGCUCGCACGCGUGCCCCGAGUGCGGGAAGACCUUCGCCACCUCCUCCGGCCUUAAGCAGCACACCCACAUACACUCCAGCGUCAAGCCGUUCCAGUGCAAGGUGUGCUAUAAAGCCUACACUCAAUUUUCGAACUUGUGCCGCCAUAAACGAAUGCAUGUGGCGUGUAGAGCACUCGUCGAAUGCGUGAAAUGCGGCCAAUCCUUCCCGUCAUACGCGUCUCUUACAAAGCAUAAGAGAUUUUGUGACACUGCGACCGCUAACGUGAAUCUUCGUGGGCAGCUGCCUCAAGGAUUGUCUCAAAUACCAUCUUUACCAAACGUCAUGAAUACCCCCAAUAAUACAAAUCCCUUUCCAAUGUAUAGAGGCCCAGGUUUGCCUCUACCUUAUAAUACUUUCGCUCACUAUCCUGCGAUUUUCUCCGCAGCAGCAGCAGCUUGCCCACCAGAAUUCUUAAGCCCUCUGUUAUUUAACGUACAAGGAGCGAGACUUGCAAUGGAACAUGAUAUGGCAAUGAAUGCCAAUCUUGUAGCAAAACAACAGGAGGGACGUAUGUCUGUCAAGAGCAUGGAUAGCUCGACUUCGUUAGACGAUAUGAAGAAAAAGGACAUAGAUGUUGAAAAGGGAAAUAAUGAUGAUAGAGUGACUCCAAAACAACAGAAUUUGUAUGUGAAACAAUCGCCACCAUCCGCUGAAGAAGCUUCAUCAAAACAGCAACCGUCUCCAGUCAUGCCAAUGUCGACUGCAAUCCCACCAUUUAAUUUCACGAGGGAUGAGAAGCAAAAUUCUCCUUUUAAUCUAUCAAUGAAACAUAAUGGUGAUGUACUAGGAAACCUGCCCAAAGAUUUGACUAAAAACUUGGACGAAAUUGAUAAGAAGUCCAGAUAUUCUGAUAUAGAUGAAGAUACACGGAAAGAACAAAACGAUCAACCGCUCGAUUUAUCUGUUACACGGAAGCAAGAUAAAGAGUCUGAUAUGGAAAAUGAUGAUCAUUCCUUUCGUAAUUCGUCAGUUAAGUCAUAUUCGCCACCUGAAAGUCCCAUGGACCGAGAGAAUAAAACUCCUGAAAAUGAGACAGCUAAUGUCGAUGUGGAAGCAGUUGAAAUAGAAGAUUCUCCACAGCCAUUAGUUUCGCCCCCAAUGGCAUUCCCGAUGCCAGUACAUCCUCAACACAAUAAUAUAAUAGAUGCGAUGUACCGACCUCGCUUCCCACAGUUCCAUACUUCAGACUCGAUUCUAAACUCUUCACAUUCCCCGUAUGUCCCGAGCCCGUUCAAUUUUUUAUCCCCUCUUCUCGGUACUGAUGGUCCCGAUCGGCAAACAAACGCGUACGCAAAGUUUCGAGAACUUAGCUCAGUUUCAGGGAAACUUAGGGAUCGCUAUGCUUGCAAAUUCUGUGGCAAAGUGUUCCCAAGAAGCGCAAAUUUAACGCGUCAUCUACGUACUCACACCGGGGAGCAGCCUUACAAAUGUAAAUAUUGCGAACGUUCUUUCUCCAUUUCAUCGAACCUACAACGUCAUGUACGGAACAUUCACAAUAAAGAAAGACCAUUUCGAUGCCCGCUGUGUGACAGAUGUUUCGGGCAACAAACAAACCUAGAUCGGCAUUUGAAGAAACACGAAGCUGAAGGCGGAGAUUCCCCGAGUUCGGCCGAUACUGAACAGGACGCGUGCUUCGAUGACAUCCGUUCUUUUAUGGGAAAGGUAACAUGUUCCCCAAGCGCUGGAUCGCCUUCGGGUAAUUCCCCCCAUCCCCCCCAUUCUCACCCCCAUCGACCCCCUCUCGCUAUAUCCACA